CUCAGUGAGGCAGCGGCAGCGGGGGAAGAUGGCGGCCGCCGUUCCACAGCGGGCGUGGACCGUAGAACAGCUGCGCAGCGAGCAGCUGCCCAAGAAGGACAUUAUCAAGUUUCUGCAGGAUCACGGUUCAGAUUCGUUUCUUGCAGAGCAUAAAUUAUUAGGAAACAUUAAAAAUGUAGCCAAGACAGCCAAUAAGGACCAUUUGGUUACAGCCUAUAACCAUCUUUUUGAAAGUAAGCGUUUCAAGGGUACUGAAAGUAUAAGUAAAGUGUCUGAGCAAGUGAAAAAUGUGAAGCUUAAUGAAGAUAAACCCAAAGAAACCAAAUCUGAAGAGACACUGGAUGAGGGCCCGCCAAAAUAUACAAAAUCUGUUCUAAAGAAGGGAGAUAAAACCAACUUUCCCAAAAAGGGAGAUGUUGUUCAUUGCUGGUAUACAGGAACACUACAGGAUGGUACUGUUUUUGAUACUAAUAUUCAAACGAGUUCAAAGAAGAAGAAAAAUGCCAAGCCUUUAAGUUUUAAGGUUGGAGUAGGUAAAGUUAUCAGAGGAUGGGAUGAAGCACUCUUAACUAUGAGUAAAGGAGAAAAGGCUCGACUGGAGAUUGAACCAGAAUGGGCUUAUGGAAAAAAAGGACAGCCUGAUGCCAAAAUUCCACCAAAUGCAAAACUCAUUUUUGAAGUGGAAUUAGUGGAUAUUGAUUGAAAUACUGCUUCAUAUUUAAAGACAGCAAGAGUGAUAAAACUUGGCCUUGAAACUUAUAUAACUGAGCUUCUUACUAUUGGUAUUGGAAGAGUCAACUGGCAAAUUCAAGGAAUUAAGUUAAAAUUUGUUUACUUGAUACCAACUUUUAAGAAACAUAAUUCCCGUAAAAGCUCCUGAAGUCUUAAAAUAUUUAACCAUAGCUGUGUAAAAUACUGGUUAAGGAGAACUUUUUCCUUUUACCUCAUGUUGUAAACUGAAAGGCUCAAUAAAAACAUACCAGCUAUCUUGA